GGAGAGGGGCUCCGCCGCCGCCUCUUCCGCCGCCUCCCGCCUUCUGCUCGGUGGAGAGGAGGUCGCCAUGCAUCCCGUUUUCCAGAGCAGCCGGCGCGACUUCACCUUCGGGCCGUGGAAGCUGAGCGCCGCCCGGACGCACAUCAUGAAGUCAGCUCAGGCCGAGAGGUUGGCUGAUGAAUUACACAUGCCUUCCCUGCCAGAGAUGAUGUUUGGAGACAAUGUCCUAAGAAUACAACAUAGCAAUGGUUUUGGAAUUGAGUUCAAUGCUACAGAUGCUUUAAAAUGUGUCAAUAAUUGUCAAGGUAUGAUCAAAGUCGCUUGUGCAGAGGAGUGGCAAGAGAGCAGGAGUGAUACUGAGCACAGUAAGGAAGUUGUCAAGCCAUAUGACUGGACUUACACAACAGAUUACAAAGGAACUUUGCUGGGAGAUACUGCAACAUUAAAGGUUGUUCCUACAACAGAACACAUAAAUACAGAGAAAUUGAAAGCCAGGGAACAAAUUAUGUUUUUUGAAGAAGUACUCCUGUUUGAAGAUGAACUCCACGAUCAUGGAGUAUCAAGUUUGAGUGUGAAAGUAAGAGUUAUGCCUUCCAGCUUUUUUGUGCUGCUGAGGUUCUUCUUGCGAGUGGAUGGAGUACUCAUCAGGAUGAAUGAUACAAGGCUUCAUCAUGAGGCUGACAAGACCUACAUAUUGCGAGAAUACACAUCCAGGGAAAGCAAAAUACCAAGUUUAAAGAACGUUCCACCUUCCCUGUUCACAGAACCUAACGAGAUCUCUCAGUAUCUACCCAUAAAGGAGACAAUCUGUGAAAAAUUAGAAUUCCCAGAGAAGCUGGAGCCUAAACCAGAAAUGUCACUGGAAACCACAUGUGCUAAGUCUAAAUAAAUGUGGCUUUAUAAGGACUUGAAUUAGACUGGAGAUAAUGUGAUCACAAUUGUUGUCUAGGGGGGCAUUUCACUACUAGUGGAAUGAAGAAUUUGGCUAAUUUCUCUGUAGCCUUGAGAGAAAACAUUUCAAUCAGGUGUUGCUAAUGGUCUUUUUUGUUUGGGUUUUUUUAACCUGUGUCUGGAGUUGAUGAUAGACUGGUGGUGAGUUACAGUUUCCAACAGAUUGGAGAAAUGACUAUUAGGAGUCUGAGUUCUGUUUAGUUCACCAAGCAGGCAGGAGUAUUGUCUUUACCCCCAUCUGCUAACACUUCUAUGAAGAUUUUGUUAUUGCUGCUUCAGAUAUAAAGAGACUACCAGAGUUGUAAAACUGGUAUGAUUUUAUUUUUAUUGAGAAAUAAUCCACAUUAAAAAGAAAAAAAAUCCUCUGCAUUUAGUUUGAUCUGUCAGUCCUAAACUACCCAUUUUGCUUGGCUUUCCCUACUGAUAACCAGCAAAGUUACUUCUUGUAGUUUCUGAUCCAGAGUCUCACCUAAGAAUACUAAUUUCAUCUGAGGAUAGGUUUAAGUGUAGGAAAGAAAUAUAUUUUUGAUGCUAUAUAAAGAUUAAAUUAUUUGUGAAGCAUUAACUCCAGAGCAGGAGGAGAGCUGGAGGUUAACAGAGAAGCACUGGUUAAGUCUCUUCCCAAACGCUGGUAUAAUCAGAUGUCAGCUGGAGUUCACUGGGCACUUUUGGGAUUCUCUGGGCAGUUCUGGGGCUCUCACUUGGGGUCCUUGUGCUGCUCCAGUCAUAUAUGAUGCUGGAAAGGCAUUGCCCUGCACUGGCCUUCUCUUGGAGAUGCCCACAUGUGAUGGUUCUACUGCUCUGAUGCCCAAAUUGCAAAACUGCAGUGGGGCUCAAGGCUGGGGAAGUAUGAUCCCUAAAGGAUGCUGUUAUUUGCAGUUUGAGAAAGGAGAUCCUGUAUGGCCUUAGAAGGAUGCUAACAUGUAUUCCAGAUACAUCAUUUUGGUUUAUUUUAAAAUUCUUCUAAGUUCUUAUAUUAAUAGAAGUGUGAUCACUUGUAUAGUCAUGGUUUCAACACUGUAGAUGAAACUGAAAUACUUGUAUUGCUUUUGGAAAGCCUGCAAUAUAUAACUAGUUUGGCCUAAGAGUGGGGCAGCUAAGCAGGCUUGUCUGGAUUUGCUGCUGACACUCAGUGCAGGAAGCAAGCAACUGCAGUGAAAAGCAGGCCUUCUGGUGCAAGAUGCUUGCAGAUAGGAACAUGUACACAUUCUGAUGUCUUGGGGUUUUUGUUUAAAACUCUUGGUAUUCUACACUGCAUGGCUUACUAGAAGCAGCCCUCCACAAAACCUAGUAUUUAACCAUAUCUUUUGUGAAGUCGUUUUUAUGUAGAGAAGACCCUGAGGUUUUUAGGGGAAAAAAAAAGAGUCUACUGCCAUCUAAAUGACUGUGUCCUUAGUAAAAACAAAUAACACACGAAUUUCACUUUUAUUUGAGGCAGCCUGUUCUAGUGAAUUCUACAGCAGGUAGAAAGGCAGGAACUAACUGCAAUUUUUGCUGUGUCACUGAUUUACUCUAACCAUAGGGAAGAUAUUUCACUGUGCCUCCAUUCCCUGUAUGUAAAAAGGAGAUUUAAUAUAUGCCUAUGUCACAGAGAGACUGUGAGGGUUAGUUUGUACAAAGUUACCAAUUAAACUGCUAUUUUUCUGAAUACACCUUCAGCCUUAUCUUUGGAAUCCUUUGGAAAGGAUUACUGCCAAAAAAAUAUUCCAUAGGAUGAGUGAAGAGAACCAAAGUGAAACAGUUUCUGAAAGAAGUUGCCAGCAUGGUAAUUAUCAGAUAAUUAUCAGCCAUGGUCUGGAUGAAUGAAUUUAUGGCCACUUUGAAAUAGAAGGUCCUCUAUGUUCUCCAUUACAGUCCUAAAUUCUGUUGGCUUUUUUUUCAUCUUCCUGCCCUUGUUUCCUAAACAUUUUAGUGUCAGGAUGAAGAAGGAGACUGCAACUGAAUGAAGCAUGGGAGAGAUUAAAAUCCAUUUGGUAAUAGAAGAUUAUUUGGGUCCACUGCAGUGAUAGAGGGAAGUCAGGAAAGAGUGACAAGGAAGGGAACAAAAAAUGGGGGUGGAAGAGAUAUUUUUCUGGUGGAAGUAAAUCAUGGCACUUCUUUUACUCUAAGCAUAUAUUAGUAUACAUGCCUUAGAGCUUACAAAAACACACUUAACAGCUGGUAUGACUGGGAGCAGAGCUCAUGUAAUGCUGACAUGAAGGAAAUUGUAUCUGUAUUUGUUAAACUGUGAUUUGGGCUUGGUCAGUGAUGCUAACAUUAAAAUCGUUUGGGCUGAAAUAGAGUGUGGGGGGAAAGCCACUGACUGGGGAGGGACCAAUGGAAAGGGCUCUCUGCCAUAUUUAGCUUAUACUGUGUAUUUUCUCUUGCCCAUCAUACAUCCUAAUUUGUGACCCGUUGGUAAAGUUUUAUGGAAUGGACUUGUAUCCUGACUCUAGAUAUGUGCUCUCCAUCUAUUCUAAAGAGUGCUGUGCAUUUCAGUGGAACACAGGUGUUGGGGAAAUUACAAGAACACCUUUAAGAAGUUAAAGUUGCAACAAGCUCAAAAUUGGAGCACUUUGUGACUUUUUUACACUAUGCAGAUUACCAAGAAUCAGCGAUAUAAACUGGUGUACAGCUAGCUCUGGCACAAAAUUUCCACAGAAAAGCACCACUUUGAAUAAAUAACUUUAGGGGGGAGGGAGUGGGGUUAUUCUCCAGCUGUUUUGUGUUGAGUUUUAUGUGGCAGUUUAUAUUGUUCCUUGUAUGUUGCAAAUAAAAUGUA